AUGUCACGGGCAUGCGGCAACUUUGCGAUGGUCGUCGAUCGCAAGUUGCAACGCACCCUUGGCCUAGGCGACGGCGUCCGCCGCUCCCGCACGACGCCGGCCCCUGAAGUUGUGAAGACGAAGGAGGCCCUGCGGAGGAGCCCUGUGCAAGCCCCACCCGCAGCGCAGAGCGUGCCACCACACAGGUGUUGGCCGGGGCGUGGCAAGCUCGCAUGGAUGAUGUUGUUUGGCGUUUUCCUCGUGGUCGACUCCUCCAAGUACCUAGUCGAUGUCAAGGCCAUGAGCAGCGCCCACAUCGCGCAGGCCGUCGUCUUCUCGCAGGACCUCCUGUCCGUGAUCCUCUGCCUGCUUGCUGUUCUCAGGUACGAGGGCGUCAAGGGAAUCCCAGCGACGUUCUGCUCGAUGGAGCUGCUGCGUUGCUUUCCCACCGCGGCGCUCUUCUCACUGGGUAGCGCAUCCAUGGCGCAUGCCUUCAGUCUGGGCGUGGGUGCGGCCACGGCAGUGGCGUUGAAUACUCUCUACAUGCCCAUGUGCGCGUUCGUCAGCAGGUGGAUGUUCCGACGUGCAUAUGGCUGGCUGGAGAUCCAUGCCCUAGCCCUGCUGACAUUUAGCUCCCUGACCUUCUGCGAGCUCCGGAGCCGCGUCAUCGGGCUGCGGAGUGGCAUCCAGGGUGCGACCUUCGUCAUCCUUUCUGGAAUCUUCGCUUGCCUUGCCUGCCUUCUGGCCGAGCGAAUCUUCAAGCAGCGUCACGCCCAGCGCGAGGAAGUGGAGCGGUAUUGUGUGCAAAAGGCACGCUUUGACUUUUGGGGCCUCCUCACUUCGGCCCUGAUUCUGUUUUACCUCGGCGAGCCGCCCUCGCCACAGCUGUACAGGGAUUGGCACUAUAUCCAGGUUGGGGCGGUUCUCCUGCGCGUGGUUCAGACCCUGAUGGGCUGCCUCUUGGUGAAGCACUGGUCCACGGUCGCCAAAGCCGUGCUCCAGUGCUUGUCGAUGCUCCUCGUUUUCUUUUUUGGCGACGUGGCCUUCCUGAACCGCGGCCAGGGUAACCUGUGUAUAUACAUGCUUGCCUUGCUGGUGUCGCUGGCGGCGUUCAUGUACCAGCUGGGACGCCGGCAGACAGCGCACCUCCUCCAGGCGGCUUCGGAAGAGAGCGUGGCUGAGACGUGCGAAUCCGAGGCCUCCUUCAGCAGCUUUCAGCGGACCUUCUCGGAUCCGACGGACAACCGUGGUGGAAGAUCGCUGUUGCAACGGCAGAGGGCGAGCACGGAAGAGGUCCAGCCCAUCGACGUCCAGGUCUGCUGCCCUUCAGAGUUCGCGCCGGUGAGCCCAAGUCAGCUGCUGUCACAGCGGCUGCCCCGGCUGCCAGAGGUCGACCAGCUCGAGCUCUUGGACCAGGGCUGGUUGGCGCAGGAGCGCUCGCGGAACUCCCAGUUCGUCGCCUGGAUCUCCUCCAAGAGCGGCGUGCUCGUUCAGCUCCUUUGCGUUGCGAUCUUCGUGUUCUUUGACUCGGCACGGACGAUUGUGAAUGAUCAAUUCAUCCGGAGCGCUCCAAUCGUCUCCCAGUCGGUCACGUUUGCGCAGUUUGGGGCCUCCGUGGUGGUCGGCCUGCUGGUGACAGGGUUGGUGGACGGACUCCCCGGGCUGCGCGAAGCAUUGGCCUGGAAGGACGUCUUGCGGUCCUUUCCGGUGGCUGCCUGCUUCUCGCUGAGCCAGACGUUUACCAUCAUGGCCUACAGUGCUGGGGUCAGUGGUAUGGAGAACACAGUCGUUGGCAACGUGUACCUGCCUUUGAGCGCCCUACUGAGCCGAUGGAUCUUCCGCCGCUCCUACAGCUUCCUGGAGUGGAUCGCGCUCACAGCGCUGAUGCUCAGCGCCAGCGUCUUCGUGCUGCUGCAGCAGUCUCCCUCAGGCCAGGUGUCGUCCCACAUCUUCUCCACUGGGAUCCUCUUCGUGAUACUCUCCGUCUGCAUGUCUUGCCUGGCCUCGAUGCUUUCGGAGAAGAUCAUGAAGGCCGGCAGCAGCCCCUUCUACAUCCAGAAGGUGACCUUGGAUAUCGGCAGUUUCCUUACUUCGAUCGUCAUGCUGUUCGUCUGCGGCGUAGCCAGCCAGCGGCCCAACGAUGCCUUCUGGAAGACGCGGGACGUGAGUGGAAGGAUGGAGGCGGGUAUCUUCGUGGCCUGGGACGCCCGGAUGGUGCUGGUGCUGGUGGUGACCCUGCUCCAGAACUGGCUCGCAGGCCUGGUGGCCAAGCGGCUCUCGACCGUCAUCCGCUCCAGCGCACAGCAGAUUUCCCUGCUCAUCGUCUACUUCGUGGGGGACAUUUGGUUGAACCACGUCGUCUUCGACUGGACCCUGUAA